GCUGUAAAUUUGUGUAGUUCGCCGCAGCACAUGUUCGUAUUUUAUUUUAGUAUUAAAACGGCAGAGCAGAUGUGAGCAAGUAGUACAUUUUUUAGCAGGUCUGCAUUUUUGUUUUUUAUUCGUGAAUGUUGUUUUGACGAAAACAACUCAUCAUCGUUAUAGGCAACAAAGAAAAUACUCGCGAGAGAGAACGCUCUAUCGAUUUAUUUACUGAGGAAAUCUUUUUUUAGAACGAAAGUGACCGUUACUUAGUGUGAAAAAUAAAUAAAUAACACACGAGAAAACACGAUAAAGUCAAUAUUUCUCACUCAAUUAAACAGAAAAUGAGAUAAACAGUGAAUCAUCUGAAAAAUUUUCAAAUAAAAAACGAAAAUCUGAAAUAAUUUACGAAAAAAAUCAAUUUUUUCUAAUUUUCUAGUGAACAGUCAUCAAAAAAUCCACUCAGGUCAAGGAGGUGUUGAAGCAUUAAAAACGUACAAAAAUUACGUCGUGGCCCUAAUUACAAAAACGGAAACAAAAAGGAACUAAAAUUGUUUUACAUAAUUAUCGAACAAAUAAAACUACUAAAUACAUACAUUCUUAACGAUUGAAGUUCAUAACCGACGGUGAAAUAGAAAGAAAUAGUGUCUGGAGCAAAGUCAAAAAUACGAAUUACGUCAUAAAAAUAUUUGAACGUGCCUUGCAAGAAUUUCUCGUUCAAUGAAAAAAUAGUGCCUGAGUGAAUAUUAUCCUGUUUUCAGUACAAAAAAAAAGACAAAAACAAAAAGUUCAUGAAUAAAAACAGGUCAUUUAAAUAAUAAUAAAAUGGAAGGCAUGAAAACACACCAAUAAAAUAAAAUACAAGAAAUAAAAAGGAGAAUAUCACCCUUAGUUUAUUAUUUCAUUAAAUUACAAAAGGAAACCGUCUUCAGACACAGCAAAAUAAAUUUACGUCGCAAACAACAACAUUCAACAAGAAAUUUUAUAUGGAUUUAUUUGCAAUAAUAUUACUAUAAGAUAGUAUCACAUGUUCGUCUCAGGAAUCAAUCAAGCGAUAUUUGAUUUAAUUUCAUUGACCACUUGGACCACCUUCCAACAAUAGGCAGCAAUCAACGGUUGUGUAUCGUCUGUAAUGACUGUAAUCAAUCAACGUCGUCGUCGGUAGUAAAUAACGAAUUGAUUCGAUUUUGGAUUCAAACGUCUCAAUUAGUACCUGACCUGUCAUUGCUCCUCUUACUUACCUCAAAUAUGAGUUGUCGGCAUGAAUAAAAAGCAGUUAGAGAGUUUCUUAUUUGCGGAGCGCGAUUCUAAUGCAUCGCAGCGUUACACCAAACCACGCAACGACGAAGCUGAAAGCAGUUCUGGACUAGUGGAUUUUAUUCGUUGCGUUUGUGGAUGCACAAAAUUCACGCGUUCUGAUUUGGAGUCUAUGAUCUUUGCGAAUAUGGAUGGCUUCAUGAAUAAUCCGGCAUCUGUUAAAUUUUUCCGCGGUGUUUGUGAUCCCGAUCCCAGUUCCGUGGCACAACGCUCACUAAAAUGCUACGAAAUGUGCAGGGAGAUUUUGUACAACAAUUUACAAGUGGACGACGAUGAACGCGAACAAUUAGUGGAACUUUGUCCAUCGUAUCGAUGGGAGAAAGAAUUUGAAGCAGCUGUGGACAGCAAAGACGAUGACGUCUUGCGGAAAUUUUUGAAUGACCUCAUGACACAAUGCAAGUUUGACAUUGAAAAUACGAAUGAUUACCAUCGGUAUAAGGAGCUUUUGCGAGACAAAUGCAAACGAUUGAUGUCGCCAUGUAAAUGAGAAAACAGUAGGAACUGAGUUCCUCGCGAUUUUUUAGUUUUAAGUUUUAUUUAUAUUUACGAUGUCGUUACGAAUUAUUAUUACGGAAAAUAAUAAAAUGAUAAGAAAUCAUCAAUAAAUAAUUUCCAGAUGAC